UAGUCAAAGAUCCGCCCUUUUUAUAUAUACGACAGUGCAAUAAUUAAGAUUUAAGAUCAAGAACGAGGUAGGAAGGAGAGAGAGAGAGUUGUUCCUAUUGCUAUUUCUCGUCAAUAUAAUCCUUUCUUUCCAAGCGCUUCACCUCUCUAGAACCCUUCCACCAAGAUUUCGUUGAUUCCGAGUGGGGGGUCUUGAUUGUUUAUACAGAUACAGAUUUGAUCUUCUUUCUUUAUUAGUUCUUACUAAAAUAUUUUCCUUCCUUUUUAUGCUCUCCCACAUGUAUGUUCCAACGUCGCAAACCUUCAAGAAGGGGUUUUGGGCUGAAAUUCACCCUGAAUAUAUGGAAAGAGAAGGAACCCUAAAGUUAUCUUUCCCAGAGUUUUCAAGAUCUUGAAAUCGGAUUUAUCAAAACCCUUUUGUUCUCAAAAUGUUGUAGCAUAGCCAUCGGGUUCAAUCGAUCCAAUCUCACUUUAUUUUUUCGCUGUUGGAUCGCGCUUUUGUUGGCAUCAUGGCUUUCCCAUGGAAGAAGGUGAAGAGCACAAGAAUUUCUCAAUUGGUGAACGAUCAUCUGCACAACUCUCAGAAGCGGCGCGACGGCUCUUCUCUUGUGGUGGAGACCGGGUUUCCGACCUCGCUGGUUGAUCUUUUCAUGAAAAAUCGUGGAAAAUUGAAAAAACCAUCCAAGAAAAAGCGUCAAAGCCACCCAAUUGCACCCCUCAAUGAUGCUAGUGAUCCGGCAGUUGCAGGAUCGCCAACCGUUUUCUUCUCCCCUCUGCCAUCAACUUCGCCUAUAAUUUCUCCGUCUAGUGCGGGAUCUCCUACUCCUAUGCACGCCCCUCUGCCUUGUGCUUCGCUUUCUGGGGAUGCCAGUGAAACUCUAGCUGUGGGAUCGAGUGAUAAUGGUUCCUUGAUUGGUGUAGAUGAGAGGGAACUUGGUGCUGAUACAGCAGCGGAUGCAGUUGGGGUUUUGUUGAUGGUUCUAAAGAUGUUCUUGGUAGUGGUUUUGGCGUUGGGGACGAAGAGAUUGACAGUGAGCUUCACCAUCUCGGCGUUCUUGUUAUUUUUCCUGGAGUAUGCUGGGAAACAUAUGUGCCGGUUGUUGAAGCCGUGUUUAGAGGCCAAAGGAGUGUUAAGGUCCAUGGUGCAGAGGGUCCGAAGAAUGUCAAGAUUCAAGGAGGCUAACUUAGGUGCGAAUAAUGGUCGGGUUUUGAUGACAGAGGUGCAGCAAGUGCACCCUUCAAAGUCUGGUUCUUCUUCUCUGAAGAGCUCUGGAUUUAGCUGCCCGGAUCAAGAAAUUGAAGUUGCAGAACCAAAGGGUUAUUUGGUGAGGCAUGCCGAUGAAAUUCAAUUGGAGAACGAGAUAGUGGAAGAGUCCUGUUAUAAAGGGAGAUUGGGAUAUCAAGAAAUUGGAUUGAAGGAGGGGGUGAUGGAGAAAGAAGAGUCUAUAUGUGAAUUGGCAGAUAUGAAAAGGAAAUCCCGGAGAGCUAAGAUAAAAUCGAAGAUGAAGAAAUUUGUUCCAAAGAAAUUAAGACAUUCAAGACACAACGACCCUCAAAGGAAUGAACUUGUAAAAGAAGAUACUGUUUCCUUGUGUGGUGAACAACAAGAAGCAGAUCAAUGCAAGGAUGAUAGGGAAUCGGAGAGUGGUACUGGAUUUUCAUCCAUUUCAAGUGGAAGAUACGAAGAGGAAGCUGGCACGAGCUCCAUUUCUGCUUUUGGUGGAUCACCGGAGGUUAAUGAUGAAGCAAGUGGAAAGAGCCAAGAGAAAGGCGAGGAAGCUGAAGCUGAAUCCGCACCAGCUCGGAGAUAUUUGGUUCUUUGUCUAAUCGUCCUCAUCGGACUCAUCGGAGGCCGGGGAUUAGCACUUGUGCUAACCUUAUCAUGGUGCCUGGUGUUGAAAUUAGGUGAAAAACUAGCAAGAUACAGGAAGGUGCCUAUAUAAUCAGGUCUCUUAAUCAUAAAACUGGUUAAGAAUAUAUUGGAUGCAGUUGUUCAUACAGACAUCUCAUUUAACCUUUUGUUCUUUGCUUCUUGUGAAGUUCUCUUUCACCUCAGACCGUGUUGUGGAAGUUGUCUUUUAGUCUUUUAGAUAUACAGGAUGAUGUUACAUGUUUUGCUGGCAAACUGAGUUGAGGUUGUUGUGCCUUGACCUGUAAAGUUUUUAUAUAUAAAAGCAGGUUUUAACCGAGUUGGGAACACUGCAGUUGAUGAAUUCUCUGCUGUGUUUGUCCUGAAUCUUGAACUGCACGAUUAUGAAUCUUUUCGGACAGAGUCUUGAAGAUGUUAAAGAAUAAAUGUAGACUGAGGUUUUGGAAACUUGUGUGUGGUUGAGAAUGGCAAUAGUGGCUGUAAAGUUGCUUUCUCUUGUUUUUUCA